AUGGAUGAUGAGGAUAAACCUACCGUUAGAAAUGUGACAAAUGAUCAAUCGGAUUCUUUAUUGACCGGAAGUCAAUUAGCGACUAGCGUUUUCGAACUGGCAUCAUCAACGGUUAUUCCUUUCACACAAUUUAUGCCGCUUAUUAAAGAUGUAUCCGAAAUUCUUAAUAAGGUUACGGAAUUGUAUAGAACGGCUCAGCAUAAUAAGAAUAUAACAAAAAUUUUGACGGAACGUAUUGCUGCAGCAUAUUCUUCUGUGUGCAUUUUACAAACAAGAGAGGAUUUGUUUACCUCAAAGAAUUAUUCCAGCUUGCAAAGAUUGGUACAUGUUCUACAAAAGAUGAAAAAAUUCGUUGAAGAGAUAACACAAUAUAAUACCGUGCAAAAAUUUUUAGGAGCAAAAUUAAUUGAGAAACAUUUUGAAGAUUUAUGUAAAGAGUAUGAUAGUAGCAUUAGUCUAUUGAACUUCACCUUAACGGUUGGUUUUCAAUUUCAUGCGGAAAAGGAAAAAAAGAUCGUGAAAGCGGAUGUCAAGGAGCUUCUGAUGUUUCAAGAAGCCUUGGCGGAAAGUAUGGAUAAUUUGACUAAUAUAUCUAAGCAACUCGAUAAAAAAGUUUCUCAAACAAAUGAUAAGAUGAACUCAGUUGUCGAAAGGGUUAGUGAGAUGUCAAUUACUAUGGAGAGUUUGAUAAAUGAAAAAAAAGGUGUAAAUCAAACCAAAAUUGAUAAUAUCUUUCAAGAAUCUUUACUUCCCUUAAAUAAUUAUUAUGCGACUAAAGAAUCCAGAGGUGAUAAAUUGAGAAAAUAUACUGAUAAUACAACUAUGGUGGAACUUGCUUUUAAAACUAUUGAUGAAAAACAUUAUAAUCAAGUUAAAAAUCAAGUAACGAUUUUUAAACAACUUAAGGAUUGUCAAAAUAUCAUUCAUUUUUAUGGUAUUACUUCCAAUGGUCUAAAUAAUGAUAAACGUAAAUACUAUUUAGUAACAGAAUGGGCGGAACAUAAAAAUUUACGUGAAUAUAUUUCUUUACAUGGACAAAAUAUUGAAACGAAACUGAGAUUGAGAUUUGCUUAUGAUAUCGCUAAAGGGUUAAAUUUUCUUAAUUCCGUCAAGAUUGUUCAUCGGGAUAUAAGAUCAGAAAAUAUUGUGAUUACAGAGCAUCAAAUUGCAAAGAUAACAAAUUUUAAGUUAAGCAGAGGUAUCAAUGAUGCUUCCGUUAACCUAGCAGUAGAUAGAGAUUGUGCUCGGUAUAGUUCUCCUGAAAUGAUAAGGAGAGAAUUAGCUGGAGAAGAUACGGACGAGAAACAAAAAUAUGACACCAAAUGUGAAGUUUACAGUUUUGGUAUUCUUCUUUGGGAAAUUGCGGAAUGUAAGAUACCAUACGAACAAUUUGAUGAUUUUAUGGAAAUUUCCAAAAAUGUAUUAGAUGGGUAUCGAGAACUUUUUAAUAACCAUGAUAUUCCGGAUAAAUAUCAAAAUCUCGUUCAUGAUGCUGUUGAUCCAAAUCCGGGACUUCGUCCCAUGUUCUCAAAAAUGCUGAUAGACCUUAAGGACGUCUUUAAGAAUGGUCAUUCGAAUGGUCGAAAACCAAUCCCUGUACGAAAAAUGUCUGGUACAGAAAUGAUUGACUGGAGUUCAUUCAAUUAUUUGUCAAUUGAUAAGGCGGUUGAGGAGCAUAUGAAAAAUAAUAUGGAAAAGCAGAUCUUGUACAGAUGUUUCGAUGCUUAUGCCAACUUGGAUAAUCCUAAAGCAAAAUAUUAUAAAGCCUAUUACAUUUCAAAAGGUUGGUCCGAUCUUACCUGUUCUCAAAAUGAAAAAGAUGCGAUAGCCGUUGAACUUUUUAAAGAAGCCGCAGAUUAUGGUGAGGAUUUUCCUGAAGCACAACUUCGUUACGCGACAAUGGUCAUGAACGGGAAGGGUGUUAAAAAGAACAUAAAAGAGGCGGUAAAUUAUCUUCUCAAAGCAGCUAAAAAUGAUAAUGUUGUGGCCAUGUUUAGUGUAUCUACUUAUUAUUUCUCUCAAGGUCAAAAAGAGUUGGGAUUAUGUCGACCUGCAAAUCAACCAAAUGACAGAAAACUAUAUGGAGUGUUGCCUUUCUUAGCUCCUGAAAUUUUAAGAGGAAAAAAGUAUACUCAAAAUAGUGACAUUUAUGCAUUUGGAAUUGUGGCAUUCGAAGUAAUGACUGGAUUUCCUCCUCAUAAAGAUGUGGCCGAUGACCAUUUUUUGCAUAUAGAAAUCUGUAAAGGGUUGAGACCAGAAUCAACUUAUAAGGUUCCUCGGCAAAUUUUAGAAAUUAUCGAACAGUGUUGGGAUGAAGAUCCUUUAAAACGUCCUAAAGCAAAUGAAUUAUACGAUAAAUUUAAAAAUUUAGAAAAGGACCAUGAAGAUAAAAAUUCAUUAAUUUAUAAACAAAUUCAAGAAGCGGAUAAAAAGAAUAAACAAUCGUCUUCUGAACCUUUAUCUACAACAGUUCCUCAAGAAGUUUAUAUAAGUAAACAUUUAGAUAUUAAUAAUGCAGAAUGUUCUGAAGAACGUUUAAAAAUUGUUUUAAGUUAA